CCUGUCUACGUCAAUGUCCACGUCCAUGGUCUAUUCAGCAUUAUUCCAAACCCUCGUGUUCCGUAUUUGACGGCAAAUUUUGGAGUUGCCGAUGCUGCUACAUCCAUGGAGGACAUUAAACUACAUUAUACUAUUGUCCUAAAUUAAGGCCAGGAGUGGGGAAAUUGCGGCAAAUAAGUAUCCAAAAUACAGUCUCAAUCAAGCAGAUGGCUUAUAUGACAGAGAUGAGGCUUGGUGGAGGUCGGGUGUCCUGGGGUGGAGUCGCCACCUCAUCCUACCCAGAGGUGGACCUGGAGGUAAUCGAGGAGUAUCUGCAGGAGCAUUCCCUAGAGAUCCAGCCUGCACAAACACACACAUUGCCUCUGACCAAUGUGGUGCAGCAUGUGAACACUCACCACUGCACCAGGAUCAUAGAGAAUAGCUGGGCGGGUCAGCAUGCCUAUGAGUGGCACUGCGGUACUCCCAAUAAGGAAUAUGAGCCAGAGGCUCCAACUCCAGCAUGGCUCUAUCCCCAUCAGAACCAAUGGGAUCACGUUGCAUGUCCCGAUAAAGCCCAGGUAUAUAUAGACUCAGACUCUCAGUCCAGUUGCUCCCAGUACCAGGAAUGCCGUGACGACUCUUCUCCCAGCUCUGAUUGUAGGAGCAGGCUGAACAAUGAUCAGCUACUUAUUGCUCCUCUCUCAGGAAAGAGGAAGGAGCGACUGUUCCAGUUCCUUUUUGAGAUGCUGCAGACGCCAUCCAUGCGAAGUUGCAUUUGGUGGGUCCAGUCUUCUUUGGGCACAUUUCAGUUCUCCUCCCAAAACAAAGAGCACCUGGCAGAGAUAUGGGGUCGACGAAAAGGGAACCGCAAGACAAUGACCUAUCAGAAAAUGGCUCGUGCAUUGAGGAAUUACGCUCGCACGGGCGAGAUCCAAAAAGUGAAGCGAAAACUCACAUAUCGCUUUGAUGAGAAGACACUAAAAGGCCUCCAGGGAGACACCAAUGCCAUUUAGAAUUAAAUGUCUAUAUAAAAAAAAAAGAGUAAAUUGAAUACUGAGUAUUUGAAAGGGAGAAAAAAAUGAAACGUAACGUAAAUCUGAUAGAUUGUCACAUGAUAUCUACUUUAUAAGUGGAAUGUCUUUACUUCCUGAUAGAUAUUGGGCCUCCUGUCUUUUAAGUUCUGUAAUACAGAUGUGUUAGUUAUAAAUGCAUUCAUUUGUGUCUAUUACCUUUUUAACGAUUGCAACAUUGAAUAUUUUUAGAAUUGCUUGGACAUGUUUGUGUAUGUGACUCCCCAUCAUCAGGCAACAUCUUCUUCUAGUCAUAAAACUCCUUAAAAGAGGUUUUUGUUUUGUUUGUUUGUCGGGAUGAUUUUCACUGUAAUUAGAAGACUAGGAAACAGUAUGUUGACCAUUCAA